UGAUCUUUCCUUCCCUUUCAUAUCAUCUCCAACGGCUCCUUCAACCCCCACCCAUCUCCUCCACCUCCACUCUCUGCAAUAAUAAAGAACCCAACAAACAACCCUUCCCAGUUCCCAUCAUCAAUCUUCCAUCUUUUUCGCUUCAUCAUUCACUAGAGACUUCGCUCUCGAUACCCAAAUUCAAGAAAAAGCCAUGGACUCGACGCCGCUCUCGCACCGGUCGCGGACCAAGUCCGUCGUCUCGCGCCUCGCGCGGGUCGUCGACACGAGCAUCGACACCGACGUCCCUGAGCCUGUCCUCGACCUGGUCCCUUCGUCCCCGCCCCGGAAGACCCCCUCCCCUUCCCCUCUCUCCCUCAGGUCCUCCAACAACUCCCUCCCCCUCCAGGAGCUGCUGCUGCUCUCGCCUUCGCCUUACAAGAGAUCCAAGACCCGCCUCGCGGAUCGGCUCGAGGCCGCCGACGAGCCGGCCGAGGGCCGCGCGGCGCUGCGCAAGCGGUGCAAGAGGAGGGAGGGGCAGGCGGGCCUCCCGGCGUGCGCCUCGCCGAGGGGCCAUCGGCGGUCGCGGAGGCGAGCCGAGGUGGAGGCCCGGGAGGAGCGGGAUUCGGGGCUCGUCGAGGAGGCCGGGAAGCAGAGGAGGAGGCACGGCGGGAGGUCGAGGAAGGAGAGGCUCAGCUUGGUGCCCCUCGUGAACACCUCUUCUAGUUUGUCUCUGAAUACAGAAAAUGAUGAUGGGGACAAUGGGAAUCUGGACCGAAUCGGACAGGCGAUUACUGAUUUGGUAAUGUGGAGAGAUGUCGCGAAAUCGACACUCUGGUUUGGUGUAGGGUCUCUCUGCUUCUUGUCUUCUUGCUUUGCUCAAGGAAUCAGCUUCAGCAUUUUCUCUGCAAUUUCCCAACUGGGGCUUCUCUUGUUGGGGUUAUCUUUCUUCUCCAAUUCCAUCUGUCAAAGGAAUAAUAUUGAGAAGAGGCGUGACAUCCAGUUAAAAGAAGAUGACAUCUUGAGAGUGGCUAGAUUGAUACUUCCUGCUGCUAAUCUCGCAAUUUCGAAGACGAGAGAGCUUUUCUCGGGGGAGCCAUCCAUGACCCUAAAAGUAGCUCCGUUUCUCCUUCUUGGAGCUGAAUAUGGCCAUCUCAUCACGCUUCGGAGGCUAUGCGCAAUUGGGUUCUUUGUCAGCUUCACCGCCCCGAAACUAUACUUGCGCUAUUCAGCUCGGAUAAGCCAAAAAGUUGAGUGCUCCAAAUGGUGGGUUCUUGAAGCGUGGGGUGCUUGCUCCCACAAGAAAAUCGUGGCCGCAUCAGCAAUCAUGGCCUUCUGGAACCUGACGACCAUAAAAACUCGCUUGCUCACAGCGUUCAUAUCUGUCGUGGUUCUGCGUUACCAUCGACAACAUUCGGAAGCAAAUCUUGAAGUAGCUGCAGAAGCUGAAAGGAAGAUUUAGCACAGGAGCAGCCGGACAAGGCUAUAGUUGUCGCAGAAAAGAUGUCCUGUGACUAGUGCCGAGGCUUUAUCAGCGACAUCCGAGACACCGUGUUGUACUGUCCGAGGAGCGUUGUAGAUCUUGCAAUGCGAAAAAUGGGUUCUCCCCCCUCCGGUGAAUAAUCAAUCCGAUCUGUCUGUAAAACUAAUACCUUUCCUGUAUAAUAAGAGGUUUUAUUCGUAAACCACCUCUUUAAUUGUAGUAAUGUGGAUGACUACACUUGAAGUCGAACCAUUGUGAUUUUCAAAUAUGACCUAAAAGGAGUCGAUGGUCAGUUUCUUACUCGAGAAGGCUGAGCUCGAUUCCUAGGGAACGACAUGUGGAAAGAGACGCGAAAAGAGCUCCUUUUGAACUCUGCUUUGAAGCUCCUUUUGAAUUCUGCUUUGAAUCUCCUCUAGACUUCAUCAUGUUCAUGUGUCCAAAUGGCAAGGCUUAGAGAAAGAGAAACACAGCCUGACGGUAGUGGUAGAAAGUCUUGUGCCGACUCAGUACACAGAACUACUGGAAAUGUGUUAUGAUCCUUUGAGAUUA